AUGAAAUUUGUCGCAGGACUCUUGACCGGGCAACACCUCGACAUGAAGCAAGAAUCGGAGAAGCAGCCGGUCUCGCCGCCCUUGAACAACAGGUCGCAAGUAGUGUUCAGUGGGAUGGGUAACGCGCCGGCAGGUUUGUCUAUGCUCACGCCACAGCAAUUGUUGGCUGCAAGUAGAACAGCGGCUCUGAUGGCUGCAGGGAUUCCCGUGUCGCUGCACGCCACUCUAGCCGCCAGUCCGUCUCUCUACGGACACCAUCAUCAUCAGGCUCUGUUCGGUGGCUGGGCACCGCCGACCGCGUCCUCGCCUCCGUCGCCGCUUCAUCACUCGCCGGGGCCGGUGUCGCCCGCGUUGAGCACCAAAAAAGCGCCGAAGUCGAAAGCGGAGAGCGUGCAGCAACCGAUAGAGGGCUCGGCGCCUCUUAGUCCGCUCAGCUCGAUCAGCCUCGAGGCGAACAAAGACGGACGAGACAAGGUGUUCACCUGUGGCGUGUGCUCCAGAUCCUUCGGUUACAAACACGUGCUGCAGAACCACGAACGCACCCACACCGGCGAGAAACCAUUCGAGUGUCCGGAAUGUCAUAAAAGAUUCACGCGGGACCACCACCUGAAAACGCACAUGCGGCUACACACGGGCGAGAAGCCCUACCACUGUAGCCACUGUGACCGUCAAUUCGUCCAAGUGGCGAACCUGCGCCGCCAUUUGCGCGUGCACACCGGCGAGCGGCCGUACGCGUGCGAGCUGUGCGCGGCGAAGUUCAGCGACUCGAACCAGCUGAAGGCUCAUCUGCUGAUCCACAAAGGCGAGAAACCGUUCGAAUGCGAGCACUGUCAGAUGCGAUUCAGACGAAGGCACCAUCUGAUGCACCACAAAUGCGGCACCGGCAACGUGAAUUCUGGUCAAAUGGCGAGAUCGCAGGUCGCCUCGCCGUCUUUGGCCAGCGACGACCUCGACGAGGACAUCGAUAUUGAUAUCGACGUGGAGGUGGACGAGCCGGAGGCAACGUCGUUGCACGUCAGUAAAAAGGCGAGCACGUCGAUGAGACCGGCGCAUCGUCGUCAGUUACCGAGCCCCGUCGUCACCGCCACCAUGCCGAUACCGUUGAAUCUGUCCGGUAUCCCGGUGGAUCUGCCGGAGCAAACCGAGCCGGAAGACCUGUCCAUGUCAACGGGCAUGCACUCUCAGUGCAGGCCGCACUCUCAGUCGAACAGCGUCGGCGACUCGCCGCUCAGUCGCAGCCCCAGCAGCGACACCAUCCACGACGACGACGAGGAGGAGGAGGAGGACGACGACGAGGACCUGGACGCGUCGGAAACGUCCAGCUCGAACACGGUCUUUCUUCGGAAUCACCGCAAUAAGUACGUGCAUCACUUCGCGUCCCUUGGGAACCCCGCCGCGGCUAAUGUCGGCCACGCGUCCUAG